AGUCUUCUGCUAUCUGUGUCUUCGAUCAUUCAGAAGUUUUGUCUGACGUCCACACCCGCUAUUAUGUUGGAUGAGCACUCGUAUUUUUUCGCAAAACGAUUUGAAGUACUCCUGUAGUAAGACUCGGAUAGUCUUGAGGACUCAGACCUUCGUUGCCUAGUCAGCGACGUCAUCGAUGCUCGUGCAGUGAUGGUUUUUUUUUUGAAUUGGCAAUGAGUAAGACCAGGGGAUGCAGCUUCCCCAAUCAAGUUGCCAGGAAACCACUCAUUUUGGCAUAAGGAGACAAGUCUCUAUGCUUCUAAGGCCUACUUGAUUGGCAAUGAGUAAGACGGUUUGGAGUUUUAUUAAGACAUUGCCAGAGCUAACUUCUAGUUGUGCAGCUGCAAUAUCUAAUACUAUGUCGCAUUAGAUGGUAUGUAGCAUGAUGAUGCUGGCGAGAACACGUGAGGAGGUGGGGAGCUCAAUACAAACUACUGUCCGACGGAAGAGAGAACUACGGCUACGUCAACACAAUGGCGGCGCUGGGGCAGCAGCAGGGGAGCAAGAAAGAGGGUACCAAGAACAAGCGAGCAAGUUCUACUAACAACACAGGCAAAACGUCGCCGGAUUCGUCCGAUAAAAGGGAUGCUUUACUGUCCCAGACGUUUCUGCGGCUAUGCGGUCUUUCCGGAGACGUUGUGGAGCUGCCACUUCCACAGAUACAGCACUGUACAACGGUUGGAGAACUCCGCUUCUUUGUAGCUCAGCAUGUGUGGCCACGAAGGCCGCCACCUUCGCUCGUUAUAUUGCAAGCACUGCGGCCUCUGCCAGGAAUAUCGGACAAACGGCACGACAAGGAUGCUCCACCGGCAAGCAAUGAUGACGACGGUGGCGACGAUGAAGCUGGCUAUUUCGAAGAGGUCGAACUCGAUGACGAUCAACCAUUUGAUGCAACAGCCUUCAUCGUACCUAGCGCUCAUCUGCCACGAGUUAACAAGAAUAGAGGGAUUAGUGGGCAGACUUGUGCAGAUGAAAGAACCGCAACGCAAGAAAGCGACGAACCCCAUCUUCGCGUUUUGAUUCGACAACCCGCACCCGAAAUACUAGCGGUUUUCCAGAACGAGGAUAACAACAUUAGCUGUUGUACAACAGCCUCUUUUGACAAAGACUACACUGAACAGGACCCUCGAGGUGUUAUUGACGAUGGACAGGAGGACUUCGACUACUUUGACUAUGAAGGCGUUCCUCGUGACCAUGAUUCGGAGCGGGCGAUGGCUCCGAGUCCGGGUUCUUCGUGGCGCUGGGUCGUUUCGCAGUUGAUCCGUAUGGCGAGUGGUGCUUUGCCGGAUGACUCCGACGCUGGAUGGACCCACAGUUUUCAGCGGUGUCGUGAAUUUGUGUACUGGCAUGAACAACAUCUGUGUUCUGAACAUCCAGAAGUGCUCCUUUUUUUGGCCGAGAACGCCAAUGCCUCAACUGGUGGAACGGCGGGAGGCCAACGCCGAGGAAAUGGUGGCGCGGCGACGCACCUGGACAUACCGUGGAGCAUCAUGCUGCUGGCUGUGGUAGAAAGAAUAGCCGACAAAAUGGGCUUCAACGAGCAGGGAGUAUCGUCUUCAGGUAAUUCUUGCAAGCUGUCAGUCAAAGUGGACACGGCAGCUGCAAAGACUGAUGACAAUGACGGAGCGGAGCAUGUAUCUGUGAUGAACGAAUCGAAGAUUGAAGGAACUAUAUGGCACAAUAUCAGCGAGCAGAAAGCAGUUUGCCUGACAAACAACUCUUUUAACGGGCGCGCGGGUGCUGCGCUAAGUGCGUUCUUUCGAACUGAUGGCCUGCAGGCGGCAGGUGGAGAGGUCGCACUGGUGAGCGUUUUUCACGCCGUUCUGCGUGGCUUGCUUUGUUUUAAGAAGGAACCGACUUCGCUAGAGCCUGCAAAGGUGCGGCCGAUGACAAAUGACGGUGUUGCUGCUCCUGUUCGUGACAACAACGCUAGCGGAUCAAGCUCCAGUGCAUCGAUCGUCCGACUAUGCCAUGCCAUUCUCUGUAGCAUGCUGUCUGUUGCGCCCGGCCGCGUUCUCAAUGUCUCCGGUGCUUACAUACGUGGCACGCACCUUUUUGUCGACAGCGAAAUGGACGAAAAUCAAAAUUUGAUGUCAAAUUCUGAUCUCCACGCAGCCUCAAAUAUGACGCCAACAUCGGGGAACAGUGCUGGAACGCCUUCGUCUGCUGGUGCAGAUAGAAGUAGAACGAUUCUGGGACUCAGGUUGCGAACUCCGGGAUGCGCCGUAACGAAGGAGUGGAGCAACGUGAUUCCAACGCUUUUUCUAGACCCCGACUGCGCCGCCGCUGUCCUGCGCAACCCCGAAUUGGAUACGCAGACGACGCUGCUACAAAUCGCCGCCGGUGGAGCUGAGCGCUCGCGAACCUGUUUGCUGUCCGCCGCUGUGACCGCACAGCUGCCAACGUGUCUGGAAAUCGUGCGUCGACUGCAAUUGCGUGGCGGGAAGAUGACUUCAUCUCAUACAAACGUCGACUGCACCAGCAGCGGGCACGAAAAAGACGAGCCUACAUUGAAACAGGGCCAGCCAAUAGGUUCUGCUCAGAUGAAUCACGCGAUCCCGAAGCAGCUCGUGCGCAAGUACUUGCGUGUACGAUACACGACCUUACCGGAACCAGCUAAUUUUUGUUUUCGAAAAUUUCCUAUGCAACCGCUUUCCCAAUUGUUUGGAAAAAAUGCGGCAGAAAUAUGCGAGUACAAUAUGAGCAGAUGCGGUCAUCAGGCGGACGAGUGGCUUCAAUUGUUCCAGUGUCUCAUAAAGCUGGAGCGAGAAGCAUGA